UAUUUUAGAAAUAGGAAUUUAGGAAUUCAUGAGUCGAACAUGGAUGAUCUCAAUUCUAUCGAAAAACACGAAUAAUGGCUUCGUCUGUACAAAAUAACAGAUCGUCGCCCUCGGGCUACUGCAUGUGUUGCAGAGUGUGUAAUAACGUGUGCUGGCGAGCGUUUAAAUGGAUCCCUGUGCUGUUGAUUGUGUCUAUCAUAACUUGGUCCUAUUAUGCCUACGUUAUUCAGUUGUGCAUUUUUACAAUUGAGAGUACGGUGCAGCAAGUGCUUUACCUUAUUUUCUAUCACAUCCUCCUGUUCAUGUUCGCCUGGUCAUAUUGUCGCACAAUUUUUGCUCAAAUUAAGCCCAUACCAGAAAAGUUUAAGUUACCAGAGGAAGAAAUAGAGCGAUUACUCAGCGCAGAUUCAGAAGAAGCGCAGAGACAAAUCUUGGACAACUUUGCCAAGGAUCUCCCUAUAGUGACAAGAACAAUGUCUGGUUCAGUGCGCUAUUGCAACCGUUGCGUCCUAGUCAAGCCAGACAGAGCGCAUCACUGCAGCCUCUGCGGGCGCUGCGUGCUCAAGAUGGACCACCACUGCCCCUGGGUCAACAACUGCGUGUGCUUCCACAAUUACAAGUUCUUCAUGCUUUUCUUGGGUUAUGCGUUGGUGUACUGCACCUUCGUCAUGUCUACGUGCCUGCCUUAUUUCAUUAGGUUUUGGAAGAUAUAUAAGGAAUACCAGCAUGCCCACUGCGAGCAGUUGAUAGCGAAAGGCACAUUUACUAAAACAUGCACGGAUAUUCUCGGAGGUGACUUCGGUAACGUGGCGAACGCGGGUCGGUACCAUAUUGUGUUCGCGUUCUUCGUGGCGCUCAUGUUCGGGAUAUCGCUGGGCUCGCUGUUCGGGUACCACUGCUAUCUCGUCGCCACCAAUAGGACGACUUUAGAGGCGUUCCGAGCGCCCAUGUUCCGCGGCGGCGUCGACAAGAAUGGAUUCUCCAUAGGCGCCUACGGUAACUUCAAGGAGGUGUUUGGCAAUCAGCCUUGCCUGUGGCUGGUGCCUGUCUUUACCAGCCUGGGUGACGGGUGCGAUUUCCCCGUGCGACGGGAGCACCAACUACAGACGUUCACCACGCCGCAGGAAAGCUACGAUUCCAUGGGCACCACUCGAUCAGACUUGAGAAGCGUGGCGAACGGGCACGAGACUGAGAGAUGGAGACUUUGCCCCCAGAAUGGGGCCGGAGCCCCGGCCAUAGUAUAAGGAAAAUUUAAUAUUAAUAAUCUAACCCACUUCCAUCCUGCAAUAUUUUUAUUACUAUUUUAAAUAAAUCAAUUCUUAUUCAUAA